AUGAACCUGUGCAUCUGCGAUCAGCUGAUUCCAACAAGGUGCCCUGACUGUUUGGUGGGGAGAGAGGAGUUUCUUCAGUACGAGGUGUUGGAACACGCGGACAUCCCCGUGCAAAGCCAUGGAGGAAGCGCCAGCCCUCCCCCGCCCGCGGUGUCCCCCUCGCUCCUCGCUCCCGGGGCGCCCGACCCCAGCGGGGCCGGCCGCGGGGCGCCACCGCGGCGGUGCGGGCGGGCAGGCAGCCGGGCGACAGCUGGGGGGGCGGCCCUGACCUUCCCGCGCGAUCGAUGGGGCGCGGCGCGGAGCCCCGGCGGCUCCGCUAUAAAGGGGCCGCGGUCCGGCGCCCGCUCAGCCCCCGCCGGCGCGCCCACCAUGGCCACGCGGGCCCUGCUGCUGCUGCUACUGCUGCCGCCGCCGCUGCUGCUGCUCACGGGCUGCGCCGCGCGCCCCGCGCCCCCCAGGGCCCCGCGACACUCGGACGGGACGUUCACGAGCGAGCUCAGCCGCCUGCGGGACAGCGCGCGGCUGCAGCGGCUGCUGCAGGGCCUGGUGGGGAAGCGCAGCCAGCAGGAUCCGGAGAAGAGCACAGCCUGGACCAAGUCUGGGGAAGACCACCUCUGCCAGCUGUGGUCCCACAUGCCCGCCCUGCAGGCCUGGAUGCCCAUGAAGCCCCCAGUGGAUCAGGCCUGGUCUCCCUGGCUGCCUCCUGGACUGAGGGCUGGGGCCCUGGUGUCAGAACCAGCCAUCCCUGCUGCGGAGGGGUCCCCGAUGCCACCCUGAGGAAGAAGGAGCUUUCCUCCAUGGACAAGGGGAGCCUGGCGGAGGGGCAGGGUGG